AUCGUCGAGAAUAUCCUCAGGAACAUGGAGACCGACACCCCUGGCCAAUCGAUAUUUAUGAACAAUUACGACAAUGUAACUCAUCUAUUGCAAGAGCUAAAUCAGUGGAAACAAGACUCCUCGAUAAUAACACAGGCAGGACGUGUGCUUGAUCUGAGGACUGGCUUUGGCCUAUGGGCAAUGUAUUUUGCUGACAAUAAUCCUGAUUGUGAGGUUUUUGGCGUUGAUUUCGUCUAUAUGCAGCCUUCGAGUGUGCCCCCGAACUGUGAAUUUCAUAUUAUCGAUCUUACUCGAUCUAAUUGGUGGGAGAUGUACACGGACAUCAGUCUCGUGCACAUCAACGACCUCGGUGGUGACAUCUCAUUGCUGAGAUGUCUAUUGGCUGGAGCAUUCAAAUGCUCUAUGCCAUGUGGAGUGGUAGAGCUACACGGAAUCACAUUCGAUCUUUAUAAUCAAAAAAGCUGGUUGUAUGGUUUCUACAAAAGCCUACGGGCAGCCUACUGGAAAGAUGGGAGACGACUCGAUUUACCUAACCGGAUACCUUUGAUGGUAGAGUACUCCAGCGAUCUACAAAAGAGGUUCCUUAAAACCUGGUUUGACGGCCUAGAGGCACUCGCCCUUGACUUGAUGACGAAGCAUCUGGGAUGGACUCACGAAACAAUAUUACUCAAAUGCGCAUUGGCACGUGGAGAGCUCCUAAAGGGAACUCAUGGAUAUCUAACUAUAUGGAAUGUAUAUGGGUCGCGGCCAAAUAUCAACCUCCAAGGACUCUAA